UCCUGAAGUAUUAGUAGGAAAGCCUUAUACUAAAGCAGCGGAUAUAUAUAGCUUUGGUAUGAUUAUGUAUUUUCUAGCAACUAGGAGACAACCUUUUGACAACUGUGCGCAUGAUAGAGAUCUAGCACUAAGUAUAAUAUGCUGUGGAAAAAGACCUGAAAUAGAUGAGUUAGAAGCACCAAAAUGUUAUAUUAACUUGAUGAAAAAGUGUUGGGAUGCAGAUCCAAUCAAUAGAUCCAAUCCUAGAAAUAUCUGAAUUAUUAGAUUUAUAAGUGGAAUAGAAGAAUCAGAUUAUGAAAUGAAAAAGGAAUUCGAAAAAAUGGAAGAAUAUAGAAAAGCAAAUCUUUCAUCUGUUAAAAAUAACCCAUCAACUACUCAUCCACAAGCUAUUUAUACAUCUCGACUACUUAAUUCUUAUACAAAAGAUAUUCC